UCCAUUUCCCAAGGUCCCGCGCGCGAAGGGGAGGGCAGGAGUUUGGCAGGGCUGGGUUCUCCCUGGGAGACGGCGUCGCCUUCUCCCUUAACAGAGCUGGACGCGCCGCCGCGGGGAUUUGCUGUGGAAAUCUAGGUUUUCAACAUGAAUAAAGAUGCGCAGAUGAGAGCAACUAUUAACCAAAAACUAAUAGAAACAGGAGAGCGAGAACGCCUUAAAGAGCUGCUGAGAGCCAAAUUAAUUGAAUGUGGCUGGAAGGAUCAGUUGAAGGCACACUGUAAAGAUGUAAUCAAAGAAAAGGGGUUAGAGCAUGUUACUGUUGAUGACUUGGUGGCAGAAAUCACUCCCAAAGGUAGAGCCUUGGUACCGGACAGUGUAAAGAAAGAACUUCUACAAAGAAUAAGAACCUUCCUUGCCCAGCAUGCCAGUCUUUAAGAUUGACAUUAAUUCUGAGUACCGUAUUUUUGUGUUUCUGUAUUAUGUAAGUCAUGACAGAAAUUGGAAUACAUUUUUCAUGUUUUAGAAUUUAAGUUCAUUUUUGUAUGAUUAGUUACAAGUUUUUCAUUAUGCUGCAUUAAUUUCUUAAACUUGCAGUUUUAAUUAAAAAAAACAACUUUUGUGGUUA